AUGAUUCGAGUGCUGCGGUCCCCUGCGGUGCUGCCGGCGGUGCGGUCCAUCACAAUUGGCGGCCGCAGCACGAGGGGCGGCUUCAGUCGGCCGCUCGGCAAACACCCGCAGGUGAAACAAGGCGUCACCGACGGUGUGCCGCGCCGCAUUCCAGGCACAACGAAAGUGACGUACACAAACAAGAAGGGACGGACAUUUUCCUUUUCCAUUCCACUCGCAGAGAUCACACAUCCACCGGUGAAUUUAACCAACGCCUCAGGUUCAUGGAAAGAAAUGGAUACGAGUUUCUGUGAUUUGGGAGAUAUGGAAGAUGAUAUGCCAUCGGCAGUGGAUGAUUGUCUGCAAGUGAAUCCGGAGGAACGUUCGGUUGUGGAGUUGUGUGAGGCAUUUGUUUCCUUUUGUAAAGAAUACGUUUUGAUGGAUACCACUGGAAUGAAGAACACUCCCUCGCCGGGGGAACUUAACGUGGGACCCGAUUAUGAACAUUAUGAUCGACGACUAAAGCGAAAACGUCACUGGUUGGCUAUACGCCAUCGCUUUGAAGAUGUACGGCAUAUCAUUUGGCCGGAUGAAGAAGAGGCAAUGAAUACUGCCGAUGGGGCAUUAUUGAGUGUUGGUGAAAUGUUGAAUGCACUUCAAUGGCUUGAGGCAGCUUCGACAUUUUGUGUGCGUAAAGUACACCCGGCAGAUGUUGUGGAGAAGGAGGAACUUCUACCGCUUAAUCUUCAUCGUGAAGUGGAAGUUGUGGCACGUUACGCACGAAAUGAUCCUACGUUAUUCCGUGAUAUGAGCAAUACUACUAAUAAUACUAAUACUAUUAAUACUACUAAUAGUACUUCUACAGCACUGGAAAGGUUUAUCACAUGUGCCGCAUUAUGUUGUAAUCAUGGUGUUCCAUUCUCGUCCUUCUUUGGGGUAGAACAAGAGAAGAUGAAUGAUAUUCCUUCUACUAUUAGUAUUAGUAGUAGUACUAGUACAGAUGCUGUCGCUACCGAUGAUUUAAGUAAUGGAAAAUGUAUUCUUACCAAUAUGCCUUUUGUUCAGACCGUAUUUGGAGCUAUUCGUUUAAUGAGUGUUACUGAGAAUGAUAGUAGUGUAUAUGGUUUCUCUAAUGCUUCUGGAGUGGUGGAUCAACGGGAAGUUAUGCAAGGCCUCUCUCGAUUGAUGAGUGUAGAAGCAUUUGGAGAAAAGAAUGCAUUGGAAAAUGUAGGUGAAAGUGAACUUUGUACCAUUAUGCGUUUUUGUGUGGAAAUUAAAGAACGAAAUACUGCCUUCUUUACACGAACAGAACCAAAAAAGAAUGAGGAAGAGGUAUCUUUUAUGGCUAAAUAUCAACAACUCUCACAAAUGGCUUUAGCACGUUGUAAAUAUCUAUUAUACCGCUUAGAUGGACCCCGAACUCAAAUUAUGAGUGAAGAUGGUUUUAUUCCAAUUGUGGAAAUGCAAAAACAUGCGGAACGAACCAAUAAGGAUACGCUUAUUCAUUAUAAUUUAGGCAUUCGAAGUGCUCAGGGACUACGACGUGUAAAACUCGGUGCGAAAUCAUCUGCAGUACUCGCAGAACUUGUAGAAAGAUUAGAAGUAAGUGAAAAUCACUCCAGUGGAAAUACACUACUCUUAGAUUUAGUACAACACUUAUCACAAAAAGCAGCAGCAAGUAAAGUCUCUGUUACUCUCAGUGAAGUUAAUAGACUCUUACCAUUAUUAGCACGCAUGCAAAGUGAAACACCAACAGGAAUACUUCAUUCUCGUUUUAAUCGAUUAAUGGCUGUACUCGAUACCGCUAUUGGGGCUGCCAUGCAGCAGAAACGCACGGUGGUAGAAGUUGUGGAUCUAGUAGAAGGUCUUGCAGCGUGUAAUUUUUUACCAUCAUCUUUUAAACAAGUAGAAAUGGUGUUGCUGCGAUUGAUGAUGACUCAAGAUUGUAGUAUUACACAAGUAACAAGAAUUCUAAAGGCAUUAUCAACAUUAUUGAAUUCAAAGGUUUCACAAGUGUUAUUACAGUCAGCAGCUUCACACGUCACCAUCGUAACUAAUUCUUUGACUAAAGAGAAAGAAUCGGAUAAUAGUGAUAUUAAUAACAGUAGUGAUAGUAAUAGUAGUAAUGGUAACAGAGAUGACAGGAUUGCAGAACAACUAGUUGAGUUACUAGAAGCACUUGAUUAUUGUGGGUACGCAGCCCUUUCAGGACUCGUCGUACUUUGUCGUGAAAAGUGUUUUCCUGUUGAUGUACAACUUUCUUUAAAAGGACGUUGUAGUUACGCUUCACUUCUCACAUCCACUGCAAUCUCUAUACGGGAUCAAGAUGAAUUACUCUUUAAAGCUAUGGUGAUAGAAGCUCGUCAACACUUUGUGGAAUAUGCUCGAAACUCACAAGAAAAGGAUUUAAAUCAAUUUGUAAAUUGCAUUACUGGGUUAAGUACUGUAGGAUUUGAUAAUGUAUCAGAAAAUGAAGAUAUUCGUUUAGCCUUAAUAGAUUAUCUUAAAAGUCCUUGUGUUACUAUCGAAUCUUGCUCCAUAAUGUCGGCGAUUACUUUGGCUGCUAUGAUAGAAAACAUCUAUGUUUGGUCUGAGAUGUUAAAGGUAUCAUGUCCUGAUGUUGUUUCUCCUUUUGAGAAGGCUUUACUAUUGAAAUUACUCCCAACGGAGGAAACAUCAUCAUCAUCAUCAGUAGGAACAGUAGGAGCAACCCCAACAAAUAUCACUGAAGAGUUAUCAGAGGCUGCAUGUCGUGUGGUGGGACUCCAACAAACUUCUAUGGAUAUUCGCAGAGCCGCUGCGGAAGUACUUGGCAAUGCGAUUCUCUGCGCUGAAGCCGCAGCGGAUAGGUGGAAGUCAAUACAACAAGAAUCACAUCCACACCGUUCGUUUGAGGUGGUGGCGCUGGCCACGGCGGAGAGUGAAACUAAUCACGCAGAGACCGUACUGCGUUACUGUGCCGCACUGCAGCAGAGUGGGAUGGCACAUCACGUGGAGGGUUCCGUCUUGUAA